UUUUCUGUCCUACAGGCAGAGACUAAAGAGGGCCUUGAGUCAGUACGUCACCGAUACUCUGACUUACGUAGCAACAGCAAAGUACUUUCAUGACAGGUUCUCUCAAUGGAAGGAUAGGAGAGAGAGAGAGUAUAUGCAAAUGAUGAGCAUCAAAGACAAGACUCUCAAAAUAGAUCCCAGUUUCACCAUCACAGAGGGAAACACCAAAAAGGUUCUAACAAACUGAAGAGUCAUUUCCAGUUUCAUAAAAAGAGCAGACUUGAAAAAUGAGAAAAUGAGCUGGAGGAAGUGUUGAUAGGAACUGAGAGGUCUGGAGGAACUCGACACUUUCUUGGAUGCGAUGGAGAAGCUGGCGGUCACUUCGCUGCAGGUGUUUUCCAAGAACCAGAUUGUUUACCUUCCUCACAGGAUCGACUUAGAUAAUGUCAAAGAUAUGAUCAGCACUGCACGGCAAAUCUGUCCUCUCCUCCUGACAUUCAAAAGAAAUGCAAAGUCCUUCUUCCUCCCUUACCUUCCCAAUGUGGAGAUUCUGGCAAGCUGCCUGCGAACUUACAUAGACACCGCCACCAGGAUAUGUGUGGAUCAUAGAUAUGGCUUUCACUUUGAGAUGUACUUGAAUAUUACGGAUGAGGACAUUGUGGUGAAUGCUGAGUAUCUGUAUGAAGACGACAUUCAAGAAAUGAUCAAUCACAUUAAGCAACUUGGUGACAUCAGAAUGAAUGAGCACUUUCGGAUGGAGUUCCUGUUCCAGGAGGGCUCUUCAGAAGAGUUCGUCACUAUAUUUAAUGAGAAACGGCGUAGAAUGAUAUACUGUCUUGAUAAGCUGGAGCAGUGUGCUGAUAGGUUAGACAGGAUGGGCAAGGGAGCAAAGAUCUCCAAUGUGGUAGGUGGCUCAUUGGGAGCAGUUGCUUCAGUUCUCUCCCUUGUUGGUUUGGCAUUAACUCCAUGUACAGGAGGAGCAGCUUUAGGGCUGACAAUAACUGGUGUGUCAUUGGGGAUAACAACUAAAGCCAAUAGUUUGGCAACCAACACAACAGAGGUUGCCAUCAAUCAUAACCGUCAGAAAACUGCAAAUACAGUAUUUCAAGAUUUGAUGGAGAACUUUCAAGCCAUCCAGGACUAUCUUGAUGAUGGGGUGAAAUACCCAACAGUCAAUCUGAAACAGAGCAAAAAGGAUGUGGCUAUGGGAAUAGUCAAGUGCGCUUUCAAUGUACAUGCCGUAGGAAAGGGUAUCAAUUUCAUAAGUAAUUAUAAUCCUUUAUGUGGGAAAGAUAGAGUUGUGCUAAGAAAUAGAAAAGAGCAUGUUGGACCUAUCACAGAAUUUGGUAAUUUUGUAUUUCACUGCUUUAAUAUUGGCCAGACUAUCUCCUCAGUUGCCAAAGACAGCAAGAGUCUGGUCAAAGGCAGUGAGACUAAAGUCUCAAAGAUCCUCAGAACCAGAAUGGCAUUGUUUCACUCACAGAUAAACUCUUGGGAUAAAAUCUGUGAGUCUCUAAGGAAAAGCCAAUGUACCCAAGAAGAAAACAGAGACAUGCUCAGAAGGCCAUUUUAUCCGGAGACACAUACCGGCCAUCAAAGACCCCAAUCCUGGCAGGAUCAUGAGGAAAGCUUGUACACUACGCGAUACCCGGGUUAUGCCGAGAACACAGUGCAAUUCCAAUACACAGGAAUACAGGCAUCAAUAAGAGAACCAAUCAUGCACUCACCGUUUGACAACUAUUAUCAAGCACGCCAAUCCUUGCAGAAUCAUGAGCAAAGCUUGUACACUACGCAAUACCCGGGUUACGCCCAGAACACAAUGCCAUUCCAAUACACGGGAAUGCAGAGACCAAUAAGAGAACCAAUCAUGCACUCACAGUUUGACAACUAUUAUCAAGCACGCCAGUCCUUGCAGGAUCCACAUACACUACACAAUAUUGGGGUACAUCUUGGACAGGAAGCCAUUACAACUCAUGGCAACACAGAUACUGACAAGAGAACCAAUCAUGCACUCACCCUGUAACAACUAUUAUCAAACACGCAGAUCCUUGCAGUACAGUAUGAAAAGCUUUACUUAGUCACUUUGUGAUUGGGUUACCCAAUGGCACCCGAACCCGGUGACAUUCCAAUGCACACAUCCACACGACGAUUAUCAAAUAUACCGAUCUUUGCAGAUCCGCGACAUAAAACUAAGUUAAAUAUUUCAGAUAAAUUUUCCUUCUGAUCUUCUGAACUUUUCAUGUGAUUUUUCAAACACUUCCACUAGAGGGCGCUUUUACUAAAACAUACAAAAAGAUGUUUUCUGUUAAAGAAAUUUCUAAAUAUACAAUAGUUAUACAAUAACAUACAUAAUGAUAAUGCUACAAAAUUAUCCAUCCAUCCAUUUCCCGUCACCCUUCUCCCUAACGGGGUUGGGAGUUGCUGGUGCCCAUCUCCAGCUGCGUUCCGGGCGAGAGGCGGGGUCACCCUGGACAGGUCGCCAGUCUGUCGCAGGGCAAGCUACAAAAUUAUAUUUUUGGCUUUUUUGUGUCCCAUUUAACUCUACCUUGUAAUUCAAAACUACUCAGUUAAAAAUUUGAUUUGUUCAUUUGCUGUAAAAUACAUGCAGUCGGAUUCAGUAAACUGACAUGUGUUAAGAUGAGGCUUGCUAAUCAGGUUAGCAGCAUAUUUGAGAAUAACAACAUUUAACUAGUAUUUAAACAUACAUUUCAGAUCUGUACUAAUUAUUUUUAAUGAUCUUAUGUGAUAUGGUUAUUUUAUGUGUCAUGUUAUUAUUACCUGUAAAGAAGAAAGUCAGCAUAACACAAAUCUCUGUGUAAUUAAGCUAACAUGUUCCAGUAAGUGAUAAAGUUUCUAAAAUAAAUGGGCUUUUCAAUAAUGUUAAUUUAUUGAAUGGGUUUGUAUUCUCAGAUGUCCUUUAAGAAUAAUGU